GUGCUCUAAUUUUGAGAGAGAGAGAAAACAUGAUUAAGUUGAGAGCAAAGAGGUUUUGCAGGAGCAACUCCAAGCCCAAUGGUGGUGGUGGUGGUGGUGGUGGUGGUGGUGGGGAGAUCAAGUGGGAGGUGCGACCAGGAGGGCUUCUUGUCCAAAAGAGAGACAAUGGAAAGAGUGUUGGGGAAGGGAUGAUCAGACUCAAAGUCUCCACUGUAACACAAUGGCAUGACAUCUCCAUCCAGCCCACUUCUACUUUUGGAGAAUUAAAGGUGAGAUUGACAGAGGUGACUGGUUUGGAGGCAAGAGAACAGAGAGCUUUAUACAGAGGAAAAGAAAGAGAAGAUGAGGAGUUCUUACACAUGGUUGGAGUGAAAGACAUGGACAAGGUAUUGGUGUUAGAGGAUCCAGCCAUUAAAGAGAAGAAAUUACUACAUUUAUUGUCCACCACCAGUACCAACCAACCCCUCCUUCUUGAUCACAACCCUAACCUGCAUACCAUCACUGUAUAAAUUAAGCAUAGAGUAAUCAAAUACUCCACUCAACACACCCUUGUUUAAAUAUGCAACUUUUUCUUAAACUAACUACUUAUGCCCCAUCCAUAAUCAAUUAAAUGCAUGUUAUGGAUCAGAUCAGGCUCACCUUUUAGCCUUGAUGUAAUUUUCCCCUUUUUUUUUACUCAGUUAUUUGGAAAUUUUAAUCUCUCACUUAUC